AUUUAGCCUAGAAAUAUAUAGAGAUAUCCGUCACAAUUUUAAGAAAGUCUUAAGUUAUAUUGGCGGUUAAGUUUGCAACCAUUUUCUUGUUAUUGGUCGCUACAUUAUCAUGUUUCGUUUCAGAGAUAACAAUGUAUGGGCAAAUACACCGUCUGGCUGAGCUAGUGGAACAGAGGGUAACUUAAAGAGCAGCAGGGACUGCCACUUAUCAGACAUUAGCUGCACACUACCUGAAAGAGUUCAAGUCAUAGUAGAAGGAUGCACCAUAACUAACACUUUUAUCUCCUCUCAAGAACAAAUCAACCUUUGUGGGAAUAAUAUUAAUGCAUGUUCAGGUUUGUUUUUUUCCGGUAAAUUUUUCAACAAUUUCAUAUAAUGUAUGAUUUUUUUCUCACAUAUAUUAUCAAAAUGUGUAAUCCUUGUUUCAGGAGCAGUAGAACAAGAUCAAUCAUGGCUACUGAAAUAUUGGUGAUACAAGGUUAAACAAUUCUCAUGUUUUCAUCAGAUGACCCUCCCUGAUUGGCCCUCCCUAUUGGCUCAGCUUCCAUGUAUGUAGAUACAAAACAAAAAUGUUGUCACUCAAUUCUUUUUCAGACGUCUCACCCAACUGCACAAUCUGAGACACAAUAAUAUGGUAGUCUUAUUAGGUGUGUGCCUAAAUGUGUCUCAAAGCCUGUAAUGUCAUAAAAUAGGCUGCCACCAGAGGGCAGCAGUGCUUAUUGUAUUAGAGCUCACUGCAAGCUGUUUGGUUUCUCUGUGGAUUGAACUGAUCUGUAGUGUACCUGUAAUGGAGGUAGUGGAGGGUGAUCCCAAGACGUGUCAGAUCACAAACUCACUAACUCACUAUGCUAUCUGUAACUACACUGCUAGAUUCCACUAAAUCCUACACACUGCUCCUUUAACACAAUCUGUAACAUUAUGCAGUUAGCUACUUUUAAUUGCUAAAUAUCCAAUGUUAGCAUUGACAGCAUUUACUCACCAGUCUAGAAGAAACUUCAUCCCUUUUCUCGCCCAGAGCUGUCUCCAGUGUCUCCGGGUUGAUUAGCCUGCUAACUUCAGUAACACAAUACAUAGAAAGUCUGUGAUAAUGUCAAAAGUGUCAUCUUUGUUCAUAUUUCACAAAUUUACAUUUUCUAAAUAUACAUAUUAUAAAUUAUUAUAAAUGAAAUAUAACUGACCGUUAAAUAUUCAUUUUCAUUCAUUUUACUAAGAUCCUCCUAAAUGUUACACACUGGACCUUUAAUGUAAAACUAAAGGUAUAAACACCCUGAUCCAAUCUCUAAAGUCCACUUUCUCUUAUAUUCACCGAUUCUGCAAAAUGCUGAUGUGAGUUUGUGGUCAAACUGCAAGUGGCUCUUUAGAGAUUGUUCAGUGAAAUAGAAUGAAUUCCCUGGUUCACUGCUGUCAGAUGAUUCAGGAAAUUCACAGGAGCGGAAGGACAAGGUUUCCCUCCCACAGAAUCACAGAAAAAGGCAAAGAAAAAGGACAUUUUCUGUCUCUGAGGGGAAAAUCAUCAUCUUUAGUAUAGUCACCACCAUCUGUUGUUUCAUACUUGCACUGGAGUAUUCUUCAAGUCUCCAAAUUUGGAUUAUAAAGCAUUAACCAGGAUUAAGUAAAACUGGAUUAUUCACCAGGGUGACACAAAAUAGAAAUUCGGAUGUGAGUCAACAGCAGUUAUAGGUUGCUAUAGUUAUAUUCAUCACUGUGAUAGCAGGAUCCAGGACCUUCAGGUUCCACCAUGCUGUACUUCCAGGUAGUGAUCCUGGCAGCUACAGUGAUGCUGGUUUACUACUGUGAGUUCACGGACACUUUCAGUCCAGCAGAGCAGGGCUUCAUCUGCAGAGACCCGACUUUGACUAAACCAGAUCCCGGACCUGAGCAGGACAGCCGCAUCCAGCCUGUAAUACUGUACUCUGUGGUGGGCGGGCUGCCUGUUGUACUGAUCUCAGGUGUAGAGCUAGUUAUCUUUCUUCUUCACUACAACUCCAACAACCUGUACGACCAAGAGAAGGUUGUUGUCAUGGGUGACUGCUGCUAUGUGAACCCCAUGGUGCGCAGGACCUUCCGUUUCCUUGGUGUGUAUGUUUUCGGUCUGUUUACAACAGACAUCUUCGUCAAUGCGGGUCAGUUUAUCACAGGAAGUCUGGCUCCUCACUUCCUUUCUGUUUGCCAGCCCAAUUACACUGCCCUCGGCUGCCAGGACACGACACACUUUGUCAGCCAAUCAGACGCUUGCACUGGAGACCCCGAAGACAUCAUGAGAGCUAGAAAGACCUUCCCGUCCAAAGAGGCAGCGCUGAGUCUGUAUACAGCUGUUUACCUGGCAAUGUACGUCAUGUCUUGUGUCAGUUCAAAAGGAGGUCGUCUGACUGGCCCCCUCCUUAGUCUCUCAUUGGUCAGUCUGGCUGUGCUGACAGGCGUCAACAGAGUGGCAGAGUACCGAAACCACUGGAGUGAUGUCAUUGCAGGACAAACCAUCGGGGGAGCUAUUGCUGUCUUUCUGGUGGUGUUUGUGGUCCAGUAUUUUAAAAAGAGACCUGUGAUUUCUCGGAGUUCCUCAGAUGCAGGCACAGCUAACACUGAUGAGGCUUCACCCCAGAUAAAUCACACUAUGGGAACCAGUGACCAAUACAUUGUCACACAGAGCCCAGGAUCCUUCACAGAAGUCACAUGA